AUGUGCAAGGUGGAUGUCUGGAAUUGGUGCAACCUCUCCGAGUUCAUCGUGUACUGUGGGAGCUUCACCAGCUGCACUCAGGUGCAAAGCAACGCCGUGUGCUGCCAUUGGCCCAACCCCCUGGCCCAGAGCUUCAUCGCCAGCAUCCACAGGCAGUUCUUUUCCAACUGCACCAUGGACAGGGCCCACUGGGCAGCCCUCCCAGAUGCAGCACUCAUCCAGCACAUCGCCCUGCCUGUCCUGCUGACGGUGGCCUUGGCCCGCCUGGUGCUGUGGCGCAGCAGACGCCCUGAAUAGCUGCUGUGA